UCGAUCACCCCACUACUUUUCGACCCGCAUCGCCCCACAUCCAGCUAUCCCUUGCCACAUCCCCAACAACUUGCUCCCCCCAAUCAAACCAAGGAAGCAAGCCCCACUCUAAAACCUUAAAGCAAACUUUAAGAUUCCUAACCUAACAACUCCCUUAAUCCGUCAUGUCCAACGAAGUCGCCGAUAACCACGACGGUUCUCCUGCUGGCGAUGAAUCACUUUUCGAUAACUCUUUUCAAAACCUGAAUGUCAACGAUGACCAUCACGACGGGGACCACGAAGGAGCUCGUACCGAGGAAGAGUAUGCCCAAUCGCCGCUCACCCUUCGCGCAAUUGUUUCGUCUAAGGAAGCUGGUGUAAUCAUUGGCAAGGCUGGAAAAAAUGUUGCCGAUCUUAGAGAAGAGACUGGUGUGAAGGCUGGUGUGAGCAAAGUCGUUACCGGGAUCCCGGAUAGAGUUCUCACUGUUACCGGGCCUUUGGACGGAGUAGCUAAGGCCUAUGCGAUGGUGUCUCAAACUUUGCUCGAUAGCCCUCCAAGUACGAUCGGUGGUGGACCACCUCCAGGACCUGGAACUCUCCGCCUGCUCAUUUCCCACAACCAAAUGGGGACCAUCAUCGGCCGCCAAGGAUUGAAGAUCAAGCACAUUCAGGAUGUCUCAGGAACCCGUAUGACUGCUGCUAAGGAAAUGCUCCCUCAAUCGACUGAACGGGUGGUUGAUGUUGCUGGAGAUCCUGAAGCUAUUCGCACAGCCAUCUGGGAAAUUGGGAAAUGCCUUGUUGAUGACUGGCAGAGGGGUACUGGAACUGUUCUGUAUAAUCCUGCAGUCCGUAGUCCCGGUGGCUCUAGCAGCGUUGGAAUGGGUAAUGGGAUGGGCGGAAGUGAUAGAUACGGUGGUGAACGCGGCAACACUCGCUCUUACGCUCGCACUGGAAACGGUGCCGACUUUUCUGAUAGCUCGCCUCCCUAUCGUCGCCAUGAUGGUCCUUCCGGACGCCCUUCCGACCGUUCCCCAUCCUCUUCCAAUACCCAACCUAUGCACACUGACGAUGGAGAGGAAAUUCAAACUCAGAAUAUCUCGAUUCCCGCUGACAUGGUUGGAUGCAUUAUCGGCCGCGGAGGAACCAAGAUUCAGGAUAUUCGCAGGAGCUCUGGUGCUAGGAUCAGCAUUGCCAAGACGCCCCACGGUGAUACUGGAGAGAGAAUGUUUACUAUCAUGGGGAGUGCAAGCAGCAACGAAAAGGCACUUUACCUGCUUUACGAAAAUCUUGAGGCUGAGAAAUUGAGGAGGAGUAAUCAAGGAAGUCCUAACCACGAGAUUGAAUAGGCGUUUAUCUCUUUAUGGUUUGCUUCGCUUUCGAAUGAAAUGCAAAGUAGGAACUGUCGAGUUAAUACGAAUUAACUUGAUGUUUUUUUCUUUUUCUUUUCUGCUUGUCUUUUUUCCCUCUCUUCUCCACUUCCUCUCCUUAUUCUUCGCUCCACCACAUUUUACUCCUACCUUUCCUUGCUUUGUUCUUUUCAUUCUUACUAGUGGAGGUGGGGAAAUAUUCAUUUCACGAAAAGCUUCUGCUAUUAUUGUUUCUUUUUUCCGAGAGAGCGAAGAUGGGAAACCGGGUAAUAGCUGGGAAAGUAGCAUUUUCCUUGAUGGGGUCCUGUAUAGCUUUGGCUUAACAACCGGCGGGAGUAUGAUGUAAUGUGCUACUGGAAACGAAAUCUCUAGUUUUAUCAUACA